AAAAUUCUGACUAUAGUUUGUUAAGCAAACAGAUGAUCUUUUUCUUUUCUUUGGUUUUUCUUCCUUCUUCCUUUUCUCUCUUUCCUCAAGAAUCAGAGACAAGAGAGGUUAAGUUACUCACUGGAUUAUGGGAUUUUCGUAUGGAUAAUUCUUCAGCAAGAAAUGCUGGUUUUCACAAUGAAUGGUAUCGAAAGUCAUUAAAAGAGACUGGUAAAGUUAUUCAAAUGCCUGUUCCUGCAAGUUUUAACGAUUUAUCUGAAGAAGCAACUACUCGUGAUUUUGUUGGUUGGGUGUGGUAUGAAAGAAAUGUAUUUGUUCCUAGUCGAUGGGAUGAUGAAAAAAAUUUAAGAGUAGUCCUUAGAUUUGAAAGUUGUCAUUACUUAUGCGUUGUGUGGGUAAAUGGAGAAGCUGUAAUGCACCACCAAGGUGGUCAUCUCCCAUUUGAAGCAGAAGUUACUAGUAACUUGAAGUUUGGUGAAGAAAAUCGAAUUACUGUUGCUGCUAACAAUACAUUAACUCCUUUUACUUUGCCACCAGGUUCAAUAGAAUACAUGCAAAACAGUUCAACUAGAAAAUAUCCACCUGGCUAUUUUGUUCAAGUUUUACAAAUGGAUUUUUUUAAUUAUGCUGGGAUUCAUCGACCUGUGAAGUUGUAUGUAACACCCACUAUUUUUUUACUUGAUGUAUCCGUUACUACUGAUAUAGAUGAUGAAACUGGAAUCUUAAACUUCAAGAGCAGUGUUGCUGUUGUUGAAGAUGAUGACCAAAAGAGAGAUACAGAGGAAUCUGUUUAUAUGACAUAUGAGAUUAUUGAUGAUGCUGGAAACACAAAAGCAGUUAAAAAGGGAAACAAUUUGUUUAAUGGUAGCAUUUCACUCAGUAAAGCAAACUUAUGGUGGCCUAUAGGAAUGGAUGAGUUUCCAGGUUACAUGUAUACACUUAAGAUUUCACUCUUGGGUGCUGGCAAUCAAUCUGAUAUUUAUCGAUUACCAUUUGGAUUUCGAACUGUUCAAACUGAUAACAAGAACUUUUAUAUUAACAAAAAGCCAUUUUAUUUUAAAGGAUUUGGAAUGCACGAGGAUUCAAAUAUUCGAGGUAAAGGUUGGGAUCUCUCCAUGAUUGUCAAAGAUCUUAGUUUAAUUAAAUGGAUGGGUGGAAACAGUUUUAGAACAAGUCAUUAUCCUUAUGCAGAUGAGACUAUGGAUUUAGCAGACCGUUUGGGGCUAGUGGUUAUAGAUGAAUCUCCUGGUGUUGGUAUUCAGAGAAAUAACAUGGGGCAAGAAAGUUUAAAACAUCAUAAUGAAGUUAUGAAGGAGCUUAUAAACCGAGAUAAAAAUCAUCCUUCUGUUGUAAUGUGGUCUGUUGCUAAUGAACCACAGUCUCAGUUCAGCGAAGCUGAUGGUUACUUUAAAUCAGUGAUUGAUCACGUACGUGAUCUGGAUCCAACUCGUCCAGUGACUUUUGUUGGUAAUCAGAUGUGGUUAGAUGAUAAAGCAGUAAAAUAUGUAGAUGUCAUUUGUUACAACAGCUAUUAUGCGUGGUAUCAUGAUGCAGGUCAUCUGAAUAUUAUAUCAAUGCAACUGGAGAAUGCUCUUUAUUCAUGGCAUAAUGUCACUAACAAACCUGUUAUAAUGUCUGAAUAUGGAGCAGAUGCUGUUGCAGGCAUUCACAGGCUUCCUUCUGCAAUGUUUACUGAAGAGUACCAGGUGGACACUGUUCGAAGAUAUUUCCCAAUAUUUGAUAAGUUUAGAGGAAAGGGUUUAGUAGGAGAGAUGAUAUGGAAUCUUGCAGAUUUCAUGACUGCACAAGAUCUAAAACGUGUAGAUGGAAAUAAAAAAGGCGUUUUUACAAGAGAUCGUCAACCAAAAUGGGUUGCCCACGUUCUGAGAGAACGCUAUCUUUCGUUGGCUUCUAGUAUUGAAAGUGACCCUGCAACAUGAUGGUGUAUCUAAUUAUAAAUAUUAUAUAAUAUAUAAUGUUUAUAAAAAUAUAUUAGCAAAACAUAAAUUAAAUAGUUUAACAUAAUAUCUAAAAUAAUAGUAAUAGUAAUUUUAAUCAUUUUUUAUUUUUACUCCAAUGAAUUAAUUAUGCUUUUUUUUUUACUCCAAUGAAUUAAUUAUGCUUUUUUUUUACUCCAAUCAAUUAAUUAUACUUUUUUUUUUUACUCCAAUGAAUUAAAUAUGCUUUUUUUUUACUCAGAAUAAUAAUGCUUGCUAUUUUUUUACAUACCGGUUUUUUCAAUUAUUUUUUUAAUAUGGUUAAACCUAUGAUUGUUAUCAUAAUUACACAGACUCUUUGUUGUCAUAGCUACAGAGACACUAUUAAUAUACGAAAUGAUUUUAUAUAUUUCUGUUUUAUUAUUUUCUUAAUAGCUUUGAAGCAGUA